AUGGCUGUGGUGCUGGCGCAACAACGGCACGUCCCAAGAAGUCAGAAGCGACGUGCUCGCUUGCACCAUCAUCACCCCUCUGACCGUCAUCAUAACUUACGUUUGUCUGUUUUCCUCCGAGUAUUACAACCAAGUCAAAUUUUCCAGCGUACCGGCUGCUCGAUGGACGUCAGUCUCGCUGCUAAUAAUGAUCGGAAUCAUGCUGAUCGGUUAUUACAUGUGGGUGUAUUCGGCUAUCAGGAUGCACGCGAGAAGAUGGUACAAUUGGUGGCAGAGGACCUGCAACGUUCGCUACAUCUCCCCUGGUCCAGCCAUAAUGAUCAAUACUACAACAAGCACCAGGCACCAGACGAGCAUGCAAACGAUGAACGAAUCGAUCGAAUUGGAUCUGGCUAA